AUGGCCGCCGCCUGCCUCUCUGAAGACUUUCCGCACCUGCUGCCCGUCGCGCGGAGAGAACACGGUAACGCCCUCAGACUCAUCCGCGAUCGACCCUCGGCGCUCCCUCUAUCAACUUCAAUGACCACAACACACAAGCGGGCCAUGCUUCUCUCAUCAACGCUCCUCGGCCACACAUCAAGCUGGCUCAGCCCCCAGAACCUCGCAACAGACAUGUUCAGAGCAAGCUGCAGCAUGCUCAAAGACGUCUCCGCCGAGACAUGCGGCAGCGACGCAGACGCAAGCUUGUCCUUCUUCAGCGAUACCAUGGACUAUUGGGCCAUGCUCCUCGCCUACCUGACAGACAGCACCCAACUAGGCGACUACCACCACACCACCUCCAUCGGCCCGGCAGACCCGUCAAAGUCUAUUGAGCCGCACCCUUACUCGGGCAUAUCCCACGCCACCGUCCGAUUGCUCACCGACACGGGCAUCCUCAUCUUUCAGUACCGGAAACACAUGGCCGCCGUCAAAUUUCUCACCGAGACGGACCUAGACGUCUUCCGCGCCGCGCUCCGCUCCGCAAGACAACUCGAGCGCGCAUUUCUUGCGCAUCGCCCGCCUGAUCUGUCGCGCGUCACGGACCCGGGUGAUCCCAAGACUCCGCUGCGGCAUCUGGAGCUCAUUGACGAGGCGUACCGAUGUACCGGUCUUCUACAGCUGUACCGCGUAUUUCCAGAUUUGUUGAAUGAGCGGUAUGCGCCGUGGGACAGGGAGCGGCUCCUGCGUCCGGUUCCCCUGUCCUCGACCGCGGGGGUGGGGUUGGACAACAACAAGAUCCCCUCCGCGAGAGAGAGGAGGACGUGGUUGACGAAGCUUGCGAUGUAUAUACUCGGCAUCUUGCGAGAUAUUCCCUUUGAAUCGCGGACACGUAGUGCGCAGCCUUUCAUCAUGGUGGCUAUCUCGAGCGAGCUGAGGAGGGAGCCUCAUCAUCUACGACAGCCGGAUGCUAUGUAUGGUGAGGGCGGGGCGGAUGUGCUGGAUAUCGAUCCCGCGUCUAUCGAGGUGGCGCGGGCGCGCAAGUUUGUGCGAUCGCGGCUGGCGGCCUAUACGCACAUUUUGCCGCUUCGCAAGAGUCGGGUCAUUUCGGAGUUGAUUGAUCAUACGUGGGCGGCGCUGGAUGCUGGUGAGGAGGAUGUGUAUUGGCUCGAUAUCGCGCGUGAGAAGAAUCUUGGGACAAUGAUGGGCUAG